AUGCCAUUCGCACAGCUGGUGCUUGGCAGCCCCGGCGCGGGCAAAAGCACAUAUUGCGACGGCAUGCACCAGUUCAUGGGCGCCAUAGGACGAGAAUGCUCAGUAGUCAACCUUGACCCCGCCAACGACAAGACCAAUUACCCAUGUGCGCUUGAUAUUCGGAAUCUUGUCACAUUAGAGGAGAUCAUGGCCGAUGAUCAACUUGGCCCCAACGGCGGCAUCCUCUAUGCAUUCGAGGAGCUGGAACAUAAUAUGGAAUGGCUCGAGAAUGGUCUCAAGGAGCUCGGGGAUUCAUAUAUUCUUUUCGACUGCCCGGGCCAAGUCGAGCUAUAUACACACCAUAACUCUCUCCGUAACAUCUUCUUCAGGCUGCAAAAACUGGGCUACCGACUCGUGGUUGUUCAUUUAUCGGAUAGCUUCUGCUUAACGCAACCCUCACUGUAUAUCUCGAACCUCCUCCUCACACUUCGCGCUAUGCUCCAGAUGGAUCUUCCACACAUCAACGUCCUCACUAAGAUCGACAAAAUCUCCUCAUACGAUCCUCUGCCAUUCAAUCUCGACUUCUACACCGAGGUCGAUGACCUGUCAUACAUCCUCCCGGAACUUGAAGCAGAGGCUCCAGCGAUGCGUAGCGACAAGUUCAGCCGGCUGAACCAAGCUGUGGCCAACCUUGUUGAGAGCUUCGGCCUCGUACGAUUUGAGGUGCUUGCUGUUGAGAACAAAAAGAGCAUGAUGCAGCUCUUGCGGGUUGUCGAUAGGGCUAGCGGGUAUGUUUUUGGUGGCGCUGAAGGAGCCAACGACACGGUUUGGCAGAUAGCUAUGCGUAAUGAAUCGUCCAUGAUGGAUGUGCAAGACAUUCAGGAACGCUGGAUCGAUGCGAAAGACGACUACGAUGCCGCAGAGCAAAUGGAAUGGGAGGAGCAGCAGAAAAAGACUGGGAAUCUUGCUGGCGCGGAUACGGGUACUACUACCCCUGACCUUAUUCCGGACGACGAUGACGAGUUCGAUGGUAUGCCCCCUCCUAUGGGAGAUAGUGGUGUUAAAGUCGUUCGAAGAAAACCAUAA